CUGGGAAGCGCGUUUAAAAAGCAUUCUCAGCAGCAUGCUUUUUUCCACUCUCUCACUUGACCACUUUCUUAUAUUGACAAACCAUUGUAUAGCAACGUCGCAGUUAUUAUUAUUCCUGUGGCUGCAAGCUGGUUAUUCAUUUUCUAGAAAUAUAACACCCUAUUUAGGAUUCUAAAUCGGUGAGGCGAACUGGCCUAAUUAAUUUCCACGUCGUGUGCUAGAGGUUAAUUGACAAUAUGCGAACUCUGCCCAACAUUUUGAUUGCAGGGACCCCCGGCGUGGGCAAGUCCACUUUGUCGCAAGUGGUAUCGGAAGAAACUGGACUGGAAUGGUUGGAUGUUAGUCAAAUCGCCAAGGAAAACAAAUGCCUGGAAGGUUAUGACUCAUCCUACGGUUCCCACAUUCUUAAUGAAGAACGGUUGCUGGAUGAAAUCGAGGACCAAAUGGAAGAAGGUGGAAAAAUCGUCGACUACCAUGGCUGUGACUUCUUUCCCCAGCGAUGGUUCGACAUUGUGUUCAUUUUGAGGACUGAUAAUACUGCCCUGUAUGAUCGACUGGUUAAUCGAGGUUAUUCCGGAAAGAAACUAGAGGAUAAUGUACAGUGUGAAAUCUUUCAAACAAUUCUAGAUGAAGCGAAAGAAUCAUACGCACCAGAAAUUGUUUUUGAACUCCCUUCCAACACGUCCUCAGAUAUGGAAUCCAACUCCGAAAAAAUUACACAGUGGGUCCAACAAUACAAAGAAAAAGCUUCCAACAGCGGAAUGCAAAUGUAAUCAAGUCAGUAGAUUUAUUAGUUGUAAUUUUUCUAAUUUGUAAUUUACUUGUUUACGGAAUCCUCAAUAUGCAAACUUUAUAUUGUAAAGUAUCUAUAUACUACUUAUUUGUCUAAUACGUAUACAUAUUUAUCAUUGGCUCUAAAAAAAUUAACGAUUAGAUUAAUUAGCCAAUGCUGAAUUAUAAUUUUUUUAACCGUACGAACACAACGCACACGAUAAGAUACUACAAUACGCUGGCUGGCAAUAAUAUAUGAAACAAAAUAUAAAUUCCAUCAGUGGUGAAAGUUGGUUUUUAGCUUUGUUGCAACCGUCUCAGAUGCUCUCCAGGAUUCCAUGAUAUUACAUCAAGUUAUUGUUGGUGACUUACUGUCAACAUUAUUAUUCUCUGGAUGCAAUAAUUAUAAAUAAAUAAAUAAUAUCAUUAUGA